AUGAUUUGCUGCAGGUUGCAGAAGGAAGUCAUUCCUUUGGGCAGUUUUGAGGCCUAUGUUGACAAAACCUUCGACACAGAGGCUCAAAGGGUCCAUUUGAUGGAGGGUGAUUGGUUGGAGUUUACUUUUGAGCCUUCGUGUGGAUUUUUCCUUUCGCAAAACAUGUGCCUCAGGAAGGUGUAUGCAGCAGCCUUCAAAACAGGAGGGUGCUUUCUUCGACCAUAUAUGCUCGGAUUUCGCCGAGACUUUGGGCACAGCUCGAUGUGUGAGCCAGAGCAGAUGAUUUUGCUUGCGCAGCUGUUCUUGCAAGAGGGGUUCCGGACUGACCCAGAUCUUGGUGGGACGGAGAAGAUCACGAUAUGUGACGAGAUGGAACCAUUUGCAGCUGGAUUUGUCAAAGGCUGGAGGAGGUCCACUACUUUUUUGGCAGUUCUUGCUGGCCUGAAAGCCUUGGAGAUCAAAGCAGAAGACAUUCCAAAACAAUUUGCUGCUUCUUCGAAGACAAUUCAUUGCACAGUGGGAAACUUCAGUUCCAUCAGAGAGCAGAUCUUCGCCAACCGUGGCAUCACCCUUGCCAGCACUCAGACAAGGAAGGCACCUCACGCCUUCAAUUUCUUGAGGCAAAUUGAAUGCCUGUCCAGGGCUGGCUACGGAGGAGCAAGUGCCCAGUUUGAAGCUGAUUGGCAGCAAUCCAUUGACUGGUCCAACAGCACAGCUGUUUGCAAGGCCUUCCAGAUAGGUAAAUGGGAAGGCGCAGCUGUCAGUUGUUUGCAGGCAAACGUGGAGCCAGCCAUUGUGUCCAUGCUCAGGGACUGCGUUUCAACGCGCGGCAUGCGCUCAUUCAUCUCCCACGAAGUCGUGGGUCGAGGAUGUUUCAACACAGGGUGGACUAGUGCCUCGGGAAACCAAGAGAGUUGGCACUCACAGCUCACCAACGGGCAGGACGGGGCGCUGGUGAAGUUGUUCAUCCAGAGGUAUUGCCAUGACUGGGAUGCGCUCACAGAUGGCAUGAAGCGUCAGUGCACGUACAAAGAAGCGGUUUCCUUGCAUCAGGUGACGGGAUUGUUCUUGCAUUUCCUGCAGACUCUUGAAACAUAUCUUCCGAGUGGGCAGUAUCCAGCUGCUCGGGAGAAGUUGACUGGGAUGUUUCUACUUGGUGGACUGGAUGCUGAACUUCAGCUCCAGGGCGAGACCACGGUUCCUCCAGGUGAUGUGCGAGCUAUUGGCGCCUUCAGGAACUUGAUUUCGAGCCACGAGUCGCAGCAGGCCAGUGUGCAAGAAGAGCGCGCCCGUGAACGUGAGCUGAAGGUCCGGCAAGCCACGUUGGAGCAAAUCAAGGGCCAGUUGGAAGAUGACAUCAAACGGCUCCGUGAUACACUUCCAAGCAAGCAGGCGCAAACCGUUGAGACGGCUUUGGAUAUGAAAUACCUGAAGGAUCGGCAAGCGAAACAUGUUGGUGCACACAGUAGGAAGGGGUUUGAGUUUGUCGCAGAGUGGAUGCGGAAGAAUUGCCGGGUGGUCUUCAUUUCUGUCAAGGAUGAUGGCGAAGGUUCCAGCAUGAGCAAUACCCUGAGUGAGUUUUCCAAGUACAUCGCAGAGCGUGGCAACACUACGGGGACAACGCAUGUGAUUUGCUCCAUUGACGCAACCCUGUGGCCAGCCAGCAACCAGUACAUGCUGGACAGCGUGAGUUUGAUGCAGAACGUGUGCGCGCUUGGUCCGCAGAAUGUUGGCUUGGUGCAGAACCCAGUUUUUCAUGCAGGCACCACGAUGCAAGCGCUUGUCAAGCAUUCCCGCAGAUUGGAGGACGCGCUCAUGAAGAGCGAGCUUGACAUCACGCAAAGAGUCAACGUGCAUUUGGGAGGCAAAAGAACAAUUAAGAACGGCCUGACCUUACACUUGGAGAUUCUGAGGAUCAAUCGACUGAAGGGCGUUGCUUGUCAUCGGAUGAUCGUGGAGGGCUUUUUGCGCGGCAUGAGCUUCAACUGCGAUCACGACACGGUGGUGCUGUUUGAUGUGUAUGCUGAGUUCAGCAAAGCGAUCGUGGAGAUGACGCUUGAGGGGAAGAAGCCAGAUCAGCCAGACUUGAUUUACUACGGCGUCUUCAGAGACGAUUCAGACAGGCCUGGGGCAAGUCAGAUCCACAAAAAGGUGUUGCGUGACAUCGAAAGCAAAAUCUUCCAGCAUUGGGAUGGAUUGUCGUCUUCGCCUUCAAAGACUCGACCAAAGUCGCAGCCAAGCAGGCUUGUGAGCGGGCUGACUUUGAUCAGCUGCACGGAGCAAGGCCCCAUGUGGCCAAGCUCCCUCAACUCCAAGUUUGCGGCUGGUUCACCUGAAGCAAAGGAGUUGGAGACACUGAUGAAGGAGUUUAAUACAGAGUUCCCACCGCCAUCGAACACGAACACCUCAUCCGGAACUACUGCGACUACUCCUGCUUCUACCACGCAGCGAGCCAGCGGCCAGCCUGACUUCUCAGUCGACGGAGGAAAAGAACCUCUCGACGUCACCCGGGUCGUGGAUCUGUUGGUGGAAGCCCCACCACCUCCUGAUCAGAGGCUUUGCUGCGUGAAUGGACGGGCUUCCAAACCCAAUGUGCUGGUGGACAAGCACUACAAGAUUUGGAUUGGGAACCCUGGCGACCAGGAGGCAAGCUACAGCGGAGAGAUCUUUGGAUUUAACACCGGGUCCUUUGAGUACAAGGUGAUCAACCAUACGUCCAAGAGGGACGCCUCAGGCAUAGCGUUCCGUUUGACCACGGACACGGACCUCAUUGUGCACGACAAGGUUGUUCUUCCAUUUUGCAAGUUUUUGCACAAUGCUGCCGUGAAACAUGGACUGGCUGACGUGACCUUGACGGACCACCUGCUCGAGCCGAAGCUCCAUCCGGCUGUUGAGGGUGAACAAGAACAGCUACCUGUGAGUUUUCGAUACAAUGUGCGUCCUGCCGCAUCCAUGCGGACAAAUGUGUUCAAAGCCAACCCGUUGCAGCAGAAUGCUGAUGUCAAGUUCAACAACCUUGGUGCCAUCUUUGUGGGGAAGUGGCAGGAUCUCCCAGAUUCAAAGGUGUUGGAUGUACUUUGGGAGGCUGGCGGGUCGUUGGAAGGCGUUCUAGGCGCAACCGACACAUUAAGGCUAGUUCAGAUGCAAGGCAACAAAAUUGUGCCUACGAAGCCGAAGAUGCACCUCACCGCUGUCGUCACUGUCCCGCCCAAUUCAUGGGUCCAACUGCCGUGA